GUGGCCAUGGACACCUCGUAUCCCCGGGAGGAGCGGCCGCCCCCCAAGCGGGGCUCGUCCCCCGCCGCCCCCGCGCCCCGCGACCACCUCGUCUGGGCCAUCUUCAACACCCUCUACAUGAACUUCUGCUGCCUGGGCUUCGUGGCGCUCGCCUUCGCCGUCAAGGCUCGGGAUCGGAAAGUGUCCGGGGACGUGGAAGCUGCUCGGCACUUCAGCUCCAAGGCGCGCUGCUACAACGCCCUGGCCACGGCGGGCAGCGUGGUGCUGCCGCUGCUGCUCGGUGCCCUCAUUGUCACCGGUGUCAUCCACCUCUCCAAGCUGGCCCAGGAGUCCGUCGGCUUCUUCACCUACCGGUUCAGCGGGAGCGACGACGAGGACCAGUGAGCCAGGGAUGAAGGGCUGGCGGAACCUCCUCUGCCUCGCUGGCGGCCGCCCAAAAGGCCACCACCCCUCUCUGCCACCCCGCUGUGAGGGCAGAGUCAUUUUUCUUUGUCCUGUGGGGUUUUUUUUCCACCUCCCGUGACCUCACAUGGAGCCCCAGCUUCCGUGAUCACUGUUUAGUCAUUAAACGCUUC